UCUUGUUUUUUUAUAAAACGGGGAAGCUUCGAGAGAAAAAGAGGUGUCUUCGUGUUUACGAUGAGUACAGCGAUAAAAACUUAUGAAAGGAAAAAAAAAUAUGAAAACAUUUAAUAAUCUAGAUAACCUUCCUGAUUGAUUUAAUAGGAAAACAUCGGGUUUUUUUUCUAGAAAUCUCCAAAUUUUUUAAUGUAAGAAUUUGUUUUUGUUAUAAAAAUUGUAUAAGAAAAAGAAAAUCGAUCAUUUGUUAUUCAUUUAGUUCUUAUUUUUCAUUUAAACAUUUUAAACGUCCUUUUGAAGUUGAAAAGUUUGGAAUAGACAGCGUGAGUAAAUGCAAAAAUGCUUACUCGAAAUCCUGACAUCGCCAAAAUAGGAGAGGAGAUCCUGCCGUUUGAGAUGACUCGAAUUCCCGAGUUUUUUCAGAGAAAAGCAGAAACGGAGUUGCGUGACACACCUGAGCGUAGAGCGCAAGGGCUCAGACAAAUAAAAGAAAUGGCAAAAAAUGACAAAGUGACUAGAGAUGUUAUAUUCAGCGAUGAUUUCCUUUUACAAUACUUAAGAUGCAGAAAGUACAACGUUGCAAAGGCUUUCUCUCAACUGAAAGCUUUCGUAAACUUAAGAAGAAAAUUCCCACAAAUAUUCUGCAAUUUUCGAUAUGAGAAUAUUGUGACGACCAUGACGAAAAAAAUCGUCACUGUUUUGCCUUGGAGAUGUCAAGAUGGAUGUGCGAUACUAUUCAUAGAACUAGAUAAUUGGAACCCUGAUGAAUUUCCUGUAGAGGAAGUGAAACGAAUGGUAGUUCUUAUGCUCCUACAGUCUCUAAGAGAACCCAUGACUCAAAUAAACGGAUUCAAGGUUAUUUUUGACGUCAAAAGCAACCCCCUGCGGCAUUUAAGGCACGCCACUCCUUCCAAUCUCUAUCUUCUAAUUCACGGAACGCAAGAUUGUGUACCAGGAAGAUAUAAAGGUGUUCAUAUUGUCAAUAAUUCCCUCACAUUCAAGACUGCGUGGCUGAUACUUAAACAUUUCCUUCCUGACAAGUUGAAAAAUAGGAUAGUUUUUCAUUCCUCUCCAGCAACUCUUCUUAAUUACUUUCCACGUGAUAUAUUACCAGUCCAUUAUGGAGGAGAUCUAGAAAACUAUGACAUGACUCCUUGGCUACAAAGAGUUAUGCAACCGGAGGAAUUGGAAAAAAUGAUUGGUGGAAAAUAUUUAGCAGACAGCCCACCUCAAUGAAACUUGAUAUUUAUCAGCUAAAAUACAUUAUUUGAUUUUGUAUAGUGAGAAAAAGGAACAGAAGUCACUGUCUUAAUGGGAAAACGGCUAAUGAAAGGUCUAGAUAUUCAUUGUUACGAAAUGUGAGCCAGCACAAGACCGUUUAUGAACAGAACAAAAGACCGUUAUGAACAGAACCACGUUUAUGAACAGAACAAAAGACCGUUAUGGACAGAGCCCCGUUUAUGAGCAGAACAAAAGAUCGUUAUGAACAUAAGAACGUUUAUGAACAAACCGUUUACGACAGUUUAUUUUAAAACAUAAAACACAUUUUUAUAAUAGGAAAACUGUUUAUAUAUUUAUUAAAACUUUUUUUUGUCAUCCCAUAAACUGCAAAUAUUUUUGGUGUAUUAUUGCCGCAAUUUUUGAUGUCAAGAUAAACAAUAACCAUUUUAAGUACAGAACUAUGGUUAUCGUGCAAAGAUUUACAUAAAAUUAACAUAAUAACAAUUGCUUGAAAAAUUUAAUGCGAAUAUGUUGCGAAGAAUGUGCUUGUUUUUUUAAAAAAAACUGUCUUUUGCUUUGAAUCCAUUAAAUUUAUUCGAAUGAGUUGAUGAAAAUAUGUGUUGCCAAUAAACAAUCAAACAAAAAAGUAAUAGAUAAAUAAAACUAUAGCAGUGAAAAAGUAAAUAAAAAAAAAUUAAUUAUAUGCACUGUAAAAAAUUUAGUUUUUCCGUACAUCGAAAAUUGUGGCAGCUACGCACCAAAACUUUUACGUAUUUUAUAAACUAAUUGGAUAGCAAAAAGUUAAGCCCAAUUUUUGUAUUUUUCCUUUCAUGAGUAAAAUCACUGCAACAUCAACUUUCAUCAUCAUUUGCAUAAAACAGCUCUCAAAUGAUUAAAUACCUUUAAUUAGAUCAUUUAUGUAUAUUUAUGUAAAUAUGAAGUUAUUUAUGUAUGUAAAUAAUAAAUAAUUAAAAACCUGAA